CAAGUUGGUAUUCAGACACGUAAGACGUGCUAUUUAUAGUUUUAAUAGUUAUUAUAAAAUUCUCCUUAUAAUUUAAUGUCAUUCGUAUAUUUUUGUAUAAAACAAAUGUAGUGUAAAAUUAAGUAAAUAAUCUUUUUAAUGCUUAUUUUAUAAUUCAUUUGGAAAUAAAUUAGUUUAUAAUUAAAAAAAAAUACAAUGAAAUUCAAAGUGUGUUUUGUAUUUUUACUGUGUAUUGUGAUUCACACACACGGACAGUCUGAGGAAGGUGACAGGUGUACCAACAACAAAUCCGGGCGACAAGGGACAUGCCUCAACAUAAGGCGAUGUCAGUCCGCGUUAGAUGAUAUCAGAAAUCAGAGAGGAUCACCGCAACUAUGCUCAUUCACGGGACAAGACCCGGUUGUGUGCUGUAUGGACAAUUCCCCCCCUCCCACCACCGUCCGCAUGCCGGUCGCCACUACUUCUACUCAAAGGCCGUCAGUGACGACGGAGUACGUGCCCCCGGUGUAUGACUACGUGCUCAGCGGAGGCAGCAAGAGCAAGCCCAAGGACGAGUGCGUGCCCAUUCCCGCCAACGAGACGACUACGAAGACUGGCUCCAAAGCCUUCGACAAGUGUAUCGAGUACCAGGAGAAACUGGUAUACCCUUGCCUGAAGAGCGUGGCUCUGACCGGCAAGAAGGCGCGCACCAACCAAUGCAAACAUGACGCGAAGAGCCUGGUCGUGGGAGGCGUGGCGGCGAAGGAGGACGAGUUCCCGCACAUGGCGCUCAUGGGCUACGGCAGCGACGUCGACUCGGCGCAGUGGCUGUGCGGCGGCUCCAUCCUCAGCGAGCGGUUCCUGCUCACGGCUGGACACUGCACAUACACCAGAAAUGUCGGUGAGAUCACGUACGUCCGCAUCGGGCUGCUGAAGCGGACGGACCCACUGGACGUGACCCGCAUCUACCGCGUCCAAAGCAUCAUCAAGCACCCGGCAUACAACUCGCCGCACCGGUACCACGACAUCGCUCUCGUGAAAACUGACACCGAUAUGACGCUGGGCCAGUUCGCGGUGCCUGCGUGCCUGGACACGGGCGCCCCCAACGACUACUCGCGCGCGCUGGCCACAGGCUGGGGCGCCACACAGAACCGCGGCGCCACCGCCGACCAGCUGCAGAAGGUGAUCAUCAACAAAUUCUCGACAGCGGAGUGUUCCAGCAUGUUCCCCCCGCACAGACUCAUGCUUAAUGGCUUCGACGACAAAACGCAGAUCUGUUACGGAGACAAGGCUCAAGAGAGAGACACUUGCCAGGGUGACAGCGGCGGGCCCCUCCAGCUCAAGCACAAGCAGAUCCAUUGCAUGUACACGGUGGUGGGGGUGACGAGCUUCGGCCGCGCCUGCGGGGUCAAGGGCGAGCCCGGCAUAUACACGCGCGUGGCCGAUUACGUGCCCUGGAUAGAGAGCGUCGUGUGGCCCUAACUUACGAACGUUGUGCCUACUGUUACUGUCGCGUUGACGCAAACGCGGAUUUAUAAUCAUCAUAAAUCAUUUCAUCAUAUAUAUAUAUAUAUGAUGAAAUGAUUUAUGAUGAUAUAUAUAUAUAUAUAUAUAUAUACCGAAAAUUUAUUUAGAAGUCUUAUCACCAAACAACAACAACAACAAACCCGUCUUGUCACUAAAAUCACAUAUUUCACUUACGUUAUACGUAAUUUCUAAAGAACAAAGUGUCUAAAUCCUUUAUUAUACGCAUACAGUACGAAUUACACCAAAAACUACACCGAAUUUACGAUUUAUUCACAUUUAUUUUCUGAAAAACAAAAUCACAACGAGAUUAAUUUGCACAGCUUAACUACGAUUACGGCAAUUUGACAUUUCGUAACGCUAGAUUGUCUAUGAAAAGCAAGGAUGGGUAAAUAACAUCGAGCGUUAACUUAUCGAUAAAUGAUAAUGAAUGAUUCUUUAAUAAUUGAUAUGUUGUUAGUUUAAAGAUGGGAAAAUGAAAUAUUUUAUAAUCAUUUUAUUUUAAAAAAUAGUUUUUUAAUAAAAAUAUUAUACAAUACAUAUGCUCACGUUAUUCUAUAGCGUAAAAGAUAUCUUACGAAUAGUAGCAUUAUUCAAACACUGGUAUGGAUAACAUUAUCUCAAUACGAUUUUUAAUAAAAAUCGUCAAAUCAAGAUUUUAACAAAAACUAGCAAUGUAAAUUUAAUUUGCAAAAUGCGUGCGAUCAGCUGUUUUCCAAGAGGUCAAAUAGGCAGGUCACGACUAAUAGGUAUCUAUCUAUACAAAGUCACAAACAAACUGCGCGACGUUGUAUUGCCGACCGCCGCCGGUGCCGAGGAAAAUAAUUGCUAUCUCUCUCUAACCUAAGCCGCGCGGCGUGGUUAAUAGGUAUUUUCAAAAUAUUGAAACUUUAGGUCCUUUCGCUAGACGCUACGCUAUUUUUUCUUUAGUUCGUGUUCGGCGGUCUGUUGACAAACAAACCAAAAUUCAAAAACCUUUGUGUAUGUUCUAUGUUAUGUUAGUAGUGAUUUUCUGUAACGAAUACUCAUACAAUUGUGUCGUUUGUAUUGUGUGUGUUUGUGUGUGUUGACUGAGAAGUCUUGAAAUGCUUAGAUCAAAUCAAUUCAGUACUCAUGAAUAUUGUACCUACUAUGACGACAGAACGUCUCGUAAACGAGAAACAACCUGAAGUAAGUUAAUUACCUGUACCUAGUUAAAAACUUGUAAAGUAUAAAAAAUAGGUAUUAGAUAGGUAAGUGUAGCCAGCCGAUUUGCUGUCGAUGCGUACGUACCUACUCGUACGAACACAGUAGAUUGCGGAGCGUUGUUAUCGCAUUGUUCGCUGUACAUUGCGUGCUCAAAAUUUUCAAAAUCUGAAUUUUCUCAUUUCCCACGUAAUUGUUAUUUAAAAUAUCGUUGUGGAAACUAAAUUUAACCUCUUCACGCAGUUUUCGGUAUCAUGUCCCUUACACCCAGUAUGUACGUGGAUACGUGCACACUUUUUUGAAGUAUAAGCAAAUCUUGGACGUUAGUACGUCCCCAAAAGAUUAAAGAAAGAGACGGCCGCGUGGCGCAGUGGGUAGUGACCCUGCUUUUUGCAUCCACGGCUGUGGGUUCGAUUCCCACAACUGGAAAAUAUUUGUGUGAUGAGCAUGAGUGUAUAUAAGUAUUUAUAUGUAGUAUAUAAUUGUAUAUUAAUACUAUAAUAUCAACUAUCUUAGCACCCAUAACACAAGCUACUCUGUAUGCUUACUUUGGGGCUAGAUAGUGAUGUGUAUUGUUUAAGUAUAUUUAUAAUAAUAAUAAAAAAAGAUUACCCCAUUUCUUAACCACGCGUACCCAUAGGCAUAAACCGUGCACCGUUCACCGUUUGUGACACGUGAUAUUUAAUUUCUUAAAAUGCACACAACCGACAAACGUUACUAUACGUUCCUUUUUAAGAUAACGUAGUAUAGUAACGGAUGUUUUAGUUUAGGUAUUUCAGUUAUAACGAUACCUACUUGAUAUCGUUCCGAUGCCCGCCGUUAACUUCUCAACCCUACUGAUUGUCUUUGAUUCAUAGUCGGCCAUUAUUGUUGUGUAAAAAAGUCAUCUAAGUAAAUUUCGAGUAUAUAUAUACAUACUAUGCACAAAAAUUAAGGAUGCAGAAAAAAAAUCCAAAUUUUUGGGGGAUUUUCAACAGGCUGUAACUUAUACAAAAAUGGUCGUACAGCAAAAAAAAAAAACCAAAUUGUAGCUCUAAGUGUUUAGUUUUUGGAUCUGAGUUUGAAAUUUUUUUUUUGAAAAUAUUUUUCGAGUAAUCAUAAGAAAACCAGCGAAAAAAAAAAUUUCGAAAUUUUUUUGGUUUUUUUUUUAUCUACGGACGUGGAAAAAAUUUUUUCGACUCAACCUCCAUAUGGACCGGAUAGCUUGUUUAUUCAGAUUUAAUUUCGUUUUUUUUAAAUCUCGAUACGAGCUCGAGAGAUUUCUCGCUGAGAUAUCGAUGUUUGAAUGGAAAAAGAUCAUUUUGUCUUUGAUUACCAAUAUCUCAGCAACCAAUGAUCGCACAGAAAUUUUGAGGUUGGUUUUAAAAAUUUGAAUAAAUUCUCUACAAGGAUUGGCAAUUGAAUUUUGAAAAAAAAUUUUUUUUUUUUAAUCAUUACAUAAAUUUGAAAAAGCAUCCAAAAAAGGGCUUUUUGUCGUUUUUUGGAAAAUCAAGCGCCCAAUCAAAAAUAUUGCGGAAACCACUGACGUUAAGUGUGCCUUUUACUGUUCAAUAUACCCACAAAAACCCUACAAAGUUUCAAUUCAAUCCAGCCAACCGUUUUUUUUUCCCACUUGAUCGCAUUUUUGAAAAAAUUAAAGGAGCAAGAAUUUCGCUCUGAAAUUGUAAUGAUUUUUAUCAAAAAUGAAAAAAAAAAAAUUUUAUUUUUUUUUUCUCAAAAAUUUUCGAUUUUUUUUUUCUUAAAUUUUUCAAGUCACUAUAAUUAAUACAGAAUUGAGAGAAAAAUGAAAAAAAAAAAAUUUUCAUUUUUGAUAAAAAUUAUGACAUUUUCAGAGCGAAAUUCUUGCUCCCUUAAUUUUUGUGCAUAGUAUAUAUAGAUUGUUACAUUUUAAUGUUCAUACACAAUCUGCGUCAUAGGCGUGCAAGCCGCGUACAUUAUUAUAAUUUUUAUUUACUAAUAUUAGAAUUGUCGAUUAUUUAUAAUGUCAUUUCAUAAAUUAAAGUCAUAUAACAAAAAUAAUAAAAUAAAAUUUAACCAAACUAAUACUGUCAAAACAUUAAGUAUACAUUUAUAUUUUAUUGAUAUAAAAUAAUUUGUCAUUAAGGAACUCUGCUACUGUGCAAUAUCCUUUAUCUAAGAGUAUAUGGAAUUGAAACAGUUGUGCAGUGGUGCCACUAGAUGGCGCUGUUUCAAUUGCUUAGAAAUUCGCGUUUACGUUAACGCGAUAGUAUCAGUAUCAAACUGCCACUAGGCCCUCUGUGCGCCUAGUGAGAGCUUUCGAUGUUUUCAUAAUGUUACUAUCGCGUUGACGUAAACGCGAAUUUAUAUGUAUUGGAUAGAAGCAGGCGUUACUUUGCGGAAGUUCAUCAUGAU